AGAUCCUAGAUCCCGGCCGAUCCCGGAUAGGUUCCGGAUUUCGGAACCGGGAGAAUUUCCCAACCGGUGCUAAGGUUUAGAAAAAAUUAGCGAUGUCAAAGUUUUGUAAAAUGACUCAGGUAUUUGUUUCAAGCGUUGACAGCAAGAUAGCAUCAGCAGUUCAAAAACUUCUCCCCUCUGUAAAUGUUGUGGACGUUGAUAUCAAUUUGUCUGCAAGUGACAAGUCUAAUAUUGAAGAAAAUGCUGAGAUUUUAUUGGCUGACACACCUGUCAUUAUUGACUUAGCUGGUAAGGCAAAGAAGCUAAAAUGGGCAGCAAGCACUUGGGCAGGAGUUGAAAGAUUGAUUAAAGAAAUAGGAAAGGAAAAGCCACCUGGAUUUACUGUCACCAGAAUGGGCGGAGCUUACAGUAGGGUUAUGGGAGAGUACGUGCUUGGCUAUAUUCUCACGAAAGAGAGAUUUAUUAUUGAAGUGGCCAAAGACCAGGAGACACAAAGCUGGAACAAUUUGAAACACAGAAAUUACAGAAAUUUGGCAGAAUUAACAAUAGGAAUUCUUGGAGUAGGCGAUAUAGGUCAAGAAGUGGCUAGACUAUGUAAUGCUGUUGGUAUGACAGUUAUUGGUGUUACUCGUACUGAACCAACUGAGGAAAAGAAAAGCCAAGCUGUGUCUCAAUAUAGGCUGAUGUCAGAAUUACCAUCUGUUCUCAAGGACUGUGAUUAUGUGUGCAAUAUUUUACCUAGUACUCCUGAAACACGUGGCACCUUGUCUGGAGACAUACUCUCUCAUUGUAAAAAUAAAAAAAGUAUCUUCAUCAACAUCGGUCGAGGUGAUAUAAUAGAUGAGCAGUCACUUAUUACUGCCUUAAAGGAAGGAUGGAUAGGUGGUGCUGUUCUGGAUGUGUUUCAGAAAGAACCUUUACCUAAAGAAAGUCCGCUAUGGAGUCUACCAGGUGUAGUUAUAACACCACAUAUCGCUGGAGCUACACAAGCUAAUUUG